CGAGCCAUCAUCACCCUCGAGUCGAUAUCGGAGCACUGCGUAGGCCAAAGAAAUGAAGUUUCACUCUGGGAUCUUUGCGUUGACGGUGGUCACCACCGCGUACGCGGUCAAUGUUGUUCCGAUUUUUAAGCCUCAGACCGACCGCAGCACCAUUGAGUCUGCUUCUCUCGGCGCUGCAGCCAGUGUCUCCAAAUGGAGCAAGCGAUUUGGACUUGCCCAGGAAAACGUGGCAAGCUCGACCAACACAACCAUCAUGAAUAUCGGGAACCUUGCCGGCCAGUAUCUCUAUCGGCCUUUUACUGUUUUGUUGGACACUGGAUCCAACCGACUCUGGGUCGAGGGUGCUUCCUGCUCCACCUGCCAGGGCAAGGCUAAAUACGACUCCACCAAGAGCUCUACCUCCUCCGUGACCAGCCAAUACGAAGCUAUCAGUUACGGGGCAGGCGAAUGCAGCGGUUAUGUAUCAUACGAUACCGUCAACUUUGCCGGAUUGGCUUCGCUUCAGCAAGUCUUCAACGAUGUUAGCUACGUUGACUCGACUUUGGCCUCCACUACAUCGGAAGGAGAAGAUGGCACGCUCGGCCUUGCCCGCAACGAUGGAGCGAGUGUGGAUCAAACCCAAGAGACCGUAGUUCAGUCGAUGAAGAGAAACGGAGUCAUUGACAAUGCCAUGUUUGCAUUCUGGCUCAACGGAUCUUCCACCGACGGCAAUGACUACGCAACCGGGGGCGAACUAUCGAUUGGCGGGUAUGACCCGAGCCGUUUUAUAGGCGAAAUUACUUGGCUGGACGUUGAAAAUGGUCCCUAUGCCCACGGAAGCUAUAAAUACUUCUGGAGCCACUCCCUUACCAGCAUCAAUAUCAACGGGCAAAACACCACCAUCACCGACGGUACAUCUGCCAUCCUUGAUAGUGGAACGUCGUUCAUCCUCGUGCCUCAGGAACAUAUGACGGACAUCAUCAUUCCAUCCAUGCCCGUGAACUUCACGUACCAUCCAGAGUAUAAUGUCUACACCCUGAACUGCUCGCAAGUCCCGGGCCUCCCCAACAUUGAUAUCGCCCUUCAUGGAAAUGUCUUCAGCAUCCCACCGCAGCAGUAUAUGAUGCCCCUGGGUCAAGGCACACUUUGUCUCUUCAUUGUCGAGCCAAUCCUCUCAAGUCGCCUCUUCCUCCUCAAUUGCCCCUACCUCUACCUCUACCUCUACCUCUACCUCUACCUCUACCUCUACCUCUACCUCUACCUCUACCUCUACCUCUACCUCUACCUCUACCUCUACCUCUACCUCUACCUCUACCUCUACCUCUACCUCUACCUCUACCUCUACCUCUACCUCUACCUCUACCUCUACCUCUACCUCUACCUCUACCUCUACCAUGGCUUCUUCGACCACCACCUCGUCCACCUCGAUCACCACCUCGCCCAACACAUCGACUACUUCCACCACGUCCUCCAUCACCUCCAUCACCUCCAUCACCUCCAUCGCCUCGUCCACUCCGACCACCUCGGUCACGACUCCAACCUCUACAACCCCUUCGACCUCCACCUCUACCUCGGUUACCUCCACUUCCACGAGCUCCCCUCUCCCUUACAAACCUCGAAUGAGCCCGCGGCCUACCAAUAG